UGUUGUGUUCCGCGGCGCGCGCAGGGAGCUGCGGGGUCUGGGCUGCUGGUUCCUGCGUUCCCGAGCAUGCGACGCGGGCGAGAGCCACGCGGCCCGGGACAGUCGGUGCUGAGUAAAUUCUUCCGGCCGAUGGGGUCCCUGCGCGUAGCCGGGUCCUCAUCCGGCUCCGCGGCGAGCGGCGGCGAGGGGCUCCAGGCUGCGGCUUCGUCCACGACUUCUAAGUCUGGCAGCAAUAAGAGAAGAGCUGUUGAAAACAAUGAACCUAGUAAAAAAAGGACAAAACCAGUACAAACUAAUAGAAAGGAAGACCAUGAUGCAGUGAAGAUUCUUGAUGUUGAAGAGCCUAAGAAAUGUGCCAGGCCCUGCAUAUGUGUGAAAACAUUAAACAAACUGAGAGAAUUCUGCAGUGAUUCAAAGCAUCCAUGUAACAGAGUCCAGGUGGAUAGUUUACAAGGGAAUCAAUCUGUGCGCUUGGAAAAAUGUCCGACUUUUGUGGAAAGAACCCUGGAAAUGAAUAGUACUCUUCAUUCUCAGGACACAGGUUCUCAGGUCAGUGAGAAGGAACAGUCAUCCUUUAGUCUUAAUCAAUUUUCAGCAUCAUGUAAGAGUUUUGAAGGCUCUCAAAAUAUUUCUAAUACAAACCUCCUUAGUAAAAAAACCAAAAGCAUAUACACUCCACUAGAACUCCAGUUCAUAGAAAUGAAAGAACAGUAUAAAGAUGCUAUUUUGUGUGUGGAAUGUGGAUAUAAGUAUAGAUUCUUUGGAAAAGAUGCAGAGAUUGCAGCAAAGGAACUAAACAUUUACUGUCAUCAGGAUCACAAUUUUAUGACGGCCAGUAUACCAACUCACAGACUAUUUGUUCAUGUACGGCGACUUGUAGCAAAAGGAUAUAAGGUGGGAGUUGUAAAACAAAUGGAAACUGCAGCACUGAAGGCUGCUGGAGAAAAUAAAAGCUCUCUAUUUACUCGAAAACUGACUGCUCUCUAUACCAAAUCUACGCUUAUUGGAGAAGAUGUGAACCCCUUGCUGAAGCUAGAUGAUCCUGUAGAUGUUGAAGAAUUAACAGCUGAUGUCUCCGAUAACUAUCUUCUUUGUAUCUGUGAAAAUAAAGAAAGCUUAAGAGACAAGAAGAAAGGGGAUGUUGUCAUAGGCAUAGUGGCAGUCCAACCCACGACGGGGGAAGUAGUUUUUGACAGUUUUCAGGACUCCUCAUCUCGCUUAGAAUUAGAGAGUCGAGUUUUGCGCCUGCAACCAGUUGAACUACUGCUUCCAUCAGACUUGUCCACUCAAUCUGAGAGGCUCAUCAGCAGCAUAACCUCUGUAAGUUUACGAGAUGACAGAAUUCGAAUAGAAAGGAUGGAAGGCAUUCAUUUUGAAUACAGCCAUGCUUUCCAGCUGAUUACUGAUUUUUAUACAAGAGGAGUGCUUGAUACCACAGGUUCUCAACUGUCUAUAAUCCUAAACUUGGAUAAGCCUGUGAUUUGCUCUUUGGCAGCAGUAAUUAUGUACCUCAAAGAAUUUAAUUUGGAAAAGAUACUUUACAACCCAAGUAACUUUAAGCAGUUAUCAAGUGAAGCUGAAUACAUGACAAUUAAUGGGACAACACUGAAAAAUCUGGAAAUCUUACAGAAUCAGACUGAUAUGAAAACAAAAGGCAGCCUAUUGUGGGUCUUGGAUCAUACCAAAACUUCCUUUGGACGUAGGAAACUGAAGAAAUGGGUGACACAACCUCUUAUGAAAUCCAGUGAAAUAAAUGCCCGACUUGAUGCCGUGUCUGAAAUUCUCCUGUCAGAAUCCAGUGUGUUUGAUCAUAUUCAAAAUCAUCUGUGUAAGAUGCCAGACAUAGAGAGAGGACUCUGUAGUAUUUAUCACAAAAAGUGUUCAACUCAAGAGUUCUUCUUGAUAGUCAGCACUUUGUCUUGCCUGGAGACAGAACUCCAAGCACUGUUUCCAGCUAUACGUUCCCAAGUGAAAGCUCCUUUACUGCAGAUGGCCCUCUUGGAAAUUCCUGAGCUCCUCUCUCCUGUGAAACAUUACUUAAAGAUACUUAAUGAAGAAGCGGCCAAAGCUGGAGAUAAAACCCAAUUGUUCAAGGAUCUUACAGAGUUCCCUACCAUCAGAAAGCAGAAGGAUGACAUUCAGAAGGUGAUUUCCAAGAUCCAAUUUCAUCUGCAAGAAAUACGACAAAUUAUAAAGAACCCUUCUGCAGAGUAUGUUACAGUAUCAGGACAAGAGUUUCUGAUAGAAGUCAAGAAUUCACUCUUGUCCUCUGUACCCUCAAAUUGGGUUAAGAGUCAUUUUAGUGAAUAUUAUCACUCUGUGUUGAAGGCGAUUAGUCACCUAGCAACUGUUGACUGCAUUUUCUCAUUGGCCAAGGUUGCUAAACAAGGAGCCUAUUGCAGACCAGUUGUGCAAGAUAAAGGGAAAAGAAUAAUUAUUAAAAAAGGCAGACAUCCUGUGAUUGAUGUAUUGCUAGGAGAACAAGAUCAGUAUGUUCCAAACAGCACCAACCUAUCGAGUGACAAAGAAAGGGUAAUGAUAAUUACUGGACCCAACAUGGGUGGAAAAAGCUCCUAUAUAAAACAAGUUGCACUGAUCACGAUCAUGGCACAGAUUGGUUCCUAUGUUCCUGCAGAGGAGUCCAUAGUUGGAAUUGUGGAUGGUAUUUUUACCAGAAUGGGUGCUGCAGACAACAUAUACAAGGGUCGGAGUACUUUUAUGGAGGAACUAACAGAUACAGCAGAGAUAAUAAGAAAAGCAACCUCAAGUUCACUAGUAAUAUUGGAUGAACUGGGGAGAGGAACUAGCACACAUGAUGGAAUUGCUAUUGCCUAUGCUACACUUGAACAUUUUAUCAGAGAUGUGGAAUCACUGACACUGUUUGUCACUCACUACCCCUCAGUAUGUGAUCUAGAAAAGAUAUACCCAGAGCAGGUUGGGAACUACCACAUGGCCUUCCUGGUGAAUGAAGAAGAAAGUGAACAACAAAAAGGAUCUGAAGAUGAAGAGAAUCCUGAAUUUAUCACUUUUCUUUAUCAAAUAACUAGAGGAGUUGCUGCAAGGAGUUAUGGACUAAAUGUUGCUAAACUAGCAGAUGUUCCUGAAGAAAUCUUAAAGAAGGCAGCUCACAAAUCAAAGGAGCUUGAGGGAUUAAUAAAUAUGAAAAGAAAAAGGCUAAAAUCUUUUGCCAGAAUAUGGAAUAUAAAUGAUUCCCAGGAAUUACAGGAAUGGAGUAAUGUGUGUGAAACUGGAGAUGAAUGGAUAGACCAUUUUUAAUGCUUCAGAUCCUACCUAUUUGAAGCCUAUAGUAAUUAACAAAAUAUAAGCAAUUCAAAAUAUACUACUGUACAGAGUAAUGUAUUUGAACAAUGUGCAAUUUCAUAUAUGUUAGUGGACUGUAUAUCUAUUGGGAGGUUAUCUUUUGAAAAUAAGGAACAUUAUAAUAUACUCCUUAUUUAAUUUUUAAAGAGAGGCUCAUUUUAUUAA